UUUGAAGAUGAAAAAAAGAGAAUAGAUUGUAGGUGAUUACGGUCGAAGAUAUCACAAAAAAAAUACGAUUGUGCCAAGAAGCUGAUAAAGUGGAUUGUAAUUAACCAAAGCAGUGGAAAGAUAAGAGGAGCGAAGAAAAAUGGAGCGUGUGUGGCGAAAAGUGAAUCAGGGCCUUACGAUGAGAUCAUCGUCAACGAAACAUUCUCAGGCGGUGGCGUCAAGUGCCACUAUGACUGGUUGUCUUCCGGUGCCUGGGUUUCAGCACUCUACGGAUACAACGAGUUCUGCCGGUUUCGGUGAGUCACAGGUGGUGGCUGUCCAGCAGAGAAGGCGAUCGAAUCCAUCGCAAGCUAGUGCUACAGCUUCAUCUGAUAAACGAAGACGCCGCCGGCGUCGCAGUCGACCGAACCGAGAAGGAAACUCUCAAGGUGGAGCUGGUGGCCACUCGUCCUCCGGGCACCAUAAAAACCACUCAUCGUCUUCCCGCCGUAGCAACACUCAGCUAGGCUUAAUGACCCAAGCAGGCAACGAACAAUCCCUGAGACAACGAGCCGUCGCCCGGCUGAAAAUGUUCAAUUUCAAUCUCAACUGGGACUUGCAUAUGAAUCAGUGCAAACCGUGCGGUCCGAAAAGCGGCAACAUCAUCACUCGACGACUUUGCCGCAAUCGCCGUGGCGAGGACAACGAACUGUAUCGCUCCAACAGUUUCAAAUUUGAGCGCUUCGAGCGGAAGGAGCAGGGCGAAAUUGGAACGAGGACACUACGAAAACAGAUUUCCGUCUGUGAUGACUACAGCUUACCGAUAGACUUUGUCAAAAAAAGACCGUCCAGUUUUGAUCCCUGCCUAGCCGAGCGUUUGCCAGACAAUUGGGCAUCGCCUAGUCCACAGUCAGAACACGUUUCGUUUCUAGAACCGUUAAACUUACAGCAACCCUUGUCAGCAGCUCCGACCAACAGUUUGGGAGCGGUAACGGUCGGUAUCGGUACUGGCGUAAGUGGAUUGGGAACGGGUACACUACAGCACUCCCUCCAGCACCAACAUCAGCAACAGCAACCACAAUUGCCACCCCCUCUUCUUCCGACAUCCAUUUCGACGGGGGCCAGUGAGAUCGCCGCAAAUGCAAUAGCUAUUAAAACGGUCGAGGAGAUUUUCGACACCAGGCGGAGUUACAAACGCAGCACCGGUCGGUCGAAGCAACGGCAACCGAGGAGACCAAGCAGUAACUGUGAGGUCAAGUACAUCAAUGAAAAUUUCAGUUCUGAUUGCCAAAUAGUUUCAGGAUCUUCUGCACCUAUAACAUCCGAGGAGGAGUAUAACGACGAUGAAGAAGACGAAUUAAAUAAAGUUCCUGAACUCAACUCACCGGAUAGUAUAUCCGAAGAUCUAGUACAGCCCCUACUGCUACGCCAGAGUCCUAUCAAGACCACCGUUCCAGACACAUCGAAACGAAAUCCGUCUCCCUACUAUUAUUCAGAUUUGUUGAAAAACAAAUCCCAACAGGAACAACAAGCGGGAUCUGGAUUUAUUCAAUCAGAAUCUACUGGAGCCAAAAGAGCCAGUAGCAGAGCAUCUUCAGCAAGUGCCCGUCAACGUGAACCCGGUCCCAGAUAUAGGAAGAGCAGUAGCUUAGAUACUCCGGCAGCAGAGAAGGAGGUCUGCCUUCCGAAACGUUAUUCGAUUACUGAGGAGGGAGUUCGAAUUAUCCGCUGUGACUCACCGUCUACCACCACCUCGGACGAUUCGGAUUGUUCUGAAUGUCUAAAAAGAAGAGAUUGGCAUGCGCAAGCAUUGGCUAUAGUGCGUUCAAAUUGUAACCUCCCACCGUCGGUAGACCCCUCAAUGCCACCACAUCGAAUGCUCGGUCCAGCAUCAGUUUGUGCCUGUGCCACACCCGCAUUCGGCGAGGACAACGAUGAGCUCUUCCGACCCCGUAGCAUAUUCUACGUGCAUCAACCAGGCGCUCAGGACUGUGCCGAUUGUACACUGAGUGACAAUUCUGCCACUGUUAAUGAAGAUAUGACGAGCAUAAGAACAAGGCAAAUCUACGAGACGGCAUUUGAUUCGAAGAUUACCCGAUCGGACGACGAUUUGGACGAGGUUGAUCGUGUAACCAAUCAAUCAGUACUGCUACAGCUGAGCAAGAGUAACAACAGCAGCAGUAGCAAUAUGGUAUCUUGCCAGAAUAAAGAGAACCGAGACCGAAGCAAACGCGGAGAGACAAAGAGGUCGAAGGGUUCUCUGAAACCGCCUUCAUCAACACAAAUUCAAACAACGGUGGAAAUUGAAAAUGCUCCGGAAGUAAAUCUCUCCCAAGAUCUGGAAAAACUACAGAUCGACAAACAAUUUGACAAUAUUACCAAUGCAAAUUCUACGUCUUCCUCCCAACUUCCACUGCGUGGAUACACGCCUUCUCCGCCAUCAACCGCUCCCCUUCCCAUGAAGUUUCCCGGCAAACAUGAACGCUUCUUCAUCAACAGCAUAAAAAGUGCUCCCAAUCUUCCUUCUUCCAAUGCGGCGCAACAUCCGCGGUUGAAAGACCUCCGGCUGGAUAUCCAGGCGAUACGUAACAGUGAAGUUCCUCCUUCCGGCAGUUGUGAUGGUAGUAUUAACAAUUCCUCUUACAAUAGUCCUAAGAACAGUGAUAGGCCUCGGUCAACGAUGUGCCUCGAGCCAGAGCGAGUUCUCGAGCUGAAGCGCAGUCAUCGAAGUCAUAAGCAACGGGGAAGGAACUUUUCCUCGACCGAAAGCAUGGCUACCUCAAGCAGUGGUGGCAGCAUGGAAUCGCUUAAAUCCAGUACGAGUGAGGGAAACCGAAGCACAUCCAGCUCAGAUUCACGGCAUUCGUCUUCGCUUAGUUCACAUAGCUCCGAUUCGGGGCACACAAUUGCCUUUCCAUUGCGAGCUCCCGUGGUUAUCCAUAACAAGCUGAACAUUCUUAGUCCCAUUUCGGAUAAGUCUUCUCAAGAACCGGGCUCGGAGACAUCAGAUAUAAAUAGGAAUAACUCUCAGAAGCAGUCUCCGGACGAAACGGCAACUACUGGAGCAAUAUCAAAAAGGGAUAAUGAUGAGAAUGGGGCUGUGAAAUUGGCUGUACCUAAAGCGAGGCGAUCGGCUCCGAAUAAGGCUCUUCUGUUAAUUACUGGUCCGGAAAUACAAGGAUCCGACAGUGGAAUAUCACUUCAUUCACGAGAGGAUGUCAAAUCACGAACGAAUUUCCUAAAUUUGGGUAUUCAACGAGCAACGCUCGGAUUGGAGAAAUCGGAUCAUGGUAAAUCAGCACUUCCCCAGGAUUUUAGCGAUCUUCCAUUUGAUAUGCCAAAGCUAAGGCGACGACGAGCUCACAUGCAACAGGAACCGUGCACUUCCGGGAGCGUAACCUCGGUAGACGUUGGUGAUCUUCCUUUCGAUAUGCCUAAGCUUCGACGACGGCUUCGGUUGUCUCAAAAUCAGAAUCAAAUUGCCAUCCCUUCCACAUCCGGCAUUCUGCUGCAAACCAGUACGGAAUCCAGUGGACUAUCGCAAGCUUCUUCCAGUCUAUCGAUGCGAGAUUCUGAUAAUAAAGCGGUAGUCACCGGAGGAUUUUACAAGCAAAGUCUUACGCUGAAUCUAAACGAGUGCAAUCCCAAGCCUCCAAAGAAAUUUGGAACUCUCGAUCUAGGCCUCAACUUCAACACAGUGAGAUCCAACGUCGAACUGAUAGAUGCAACAAUUCCACUGGACCGCCAAGGGUGGUACCACGGUUCGAUAAGUCGAAUAGAUGCUGAGAAAAUUUUACGGCCUUUGGGGGAAGGAAGCUUUCUGGUGCGCAACAGUGAAUCAACACGGCAGGACUAUUCGCUCACUUUGAAGAGUGCAAAAGGAUUCAUGCACAUGCGAAUACAGCGUGAUCCGGAAACUGGUCAUUUCAUACUAGGACAAUUCAGCCGGCCCUUUCCGACAAUACCGGACAUGAUACGGCACUUUUGCCUGAACCGGUUGCCAGUUCGUGGAGCUGAGCAUAUGUGCCUCCUGGAGCCGGUCAUUGCACAGAUCCUCUAAGUUGUUUCAACUGACACCGUAACAUUAGUUUGAUGCACUUAAUAAGGUGUUUUCUACAUCUUGCAGAAGUUUGAACUAGUUGAUUCUGACUUUAUACGAUACGUUCAAAAUUUAAAUCGAAAUUACUAUGGGGUAAUCAUUUUUUGUUCCAGUGAAGUAUCAACUUUUACUUUGUCUUUAUGAUGUUUAUUUGUACGCAUUUUGCAGCACUUUAGACUCCUGUGCAAAAAGCGCAGGCUAGACACUUAAAAAUCGACUUAUUUGAAAGCAGUAGCAGCUUUGCAACAGUAUUGGAAAGCUACACUUAU